AAAAUACAGAAAGAAAGAAAGAAAGAAAGAAAGAAGACUUUCUUUCACAACGCGCGCGAGCUCAUGGAUGAGACAUGAGAGAGAUACGUGAUCUCAUUAUAUAUUCUGUACAUUCUCUCUCUCUCGAGACCACAUGAGACCUCACGAGUUGCGACGAUAUUUACAGAACGCCCACCUAACCCCAAUUCCGUCUUGGAGCACACAGACGUGAGAUGUCCACUGGAUAGUGAUGAAAUCACCGUCAGCAUCGGUGUUAAACAGCUGGUUUUGUUCUCUCGCUCGCGUGAACCGCACACUGACUGCUAUAACUGGGAUGCCUCUUUCCCGUAAGAGCUGCUAUCAUCCGUUUUUAUUUGUGAUUUAAAAUGCCGAGGUUCCAGUUUUUAAACAGCACUACUAUGCCAAAUCACAAUUAUGAAUGGAGCUACGAAUACUACGACGACGAAGAGCCCGUGUCUUUUGAAGGACUCAAAGCACAUCGAUAUUCCAUUGUGAUCGGCUUCUGGGUGGGUCUUGCAGUUUUUGUCAUUUUUAUGUUUUUUGUUCUGACUCUUCUGACCAAAACAGGAGCUCCACACCCAGAGGCUGCAGAACCGUACGAGAAAAGGAUGCGUCUCACCAGCUGCGCAGAGGGUCUGGGACGCCAACGUGAGGCGGACACCCGAAUGGGUCUCUCCCGCCCGUUGCUGGAAGAGUCCCGGUCUCUGUUUCACUGUUAUAUUAAUGAAGAAGAGCGAGAUGGAGGCAGGGCCACGAGCGACGCCGGGCGCACGGGCAGCGGCCACUCCAGAGGGCAGGUGGAAGCGGUCGGCCUUGUCGUCCAAAGCAUGGGAAUGGAGACCAGGGCGGAACGAGAGGCAGUGCUCCUGGCGCAUUUCAACAUUCCCAACUUUGUGAACUCAGAACUGAGCUCCGCUCUCGGAGACGAAGAUUUACUACUGGGCGAUCCACCGAUCAUAAUGGACGAGGCCCGUCCGCGCUGUACCCAUCACAUAAUUGACUAAACCAUCGGUUUAAAGACAGUCAGAUGCCAUUAUAUUUUCAUUAUGGCUCCAUCUCUCUCCUCAACUCAGUCUAUUAUCUUUAAAAGUGGAGAGGAAAGUGUUUCGCUUCAAAAGUGGAGCUAUUUUCUGACAUCUUGGGUCUACAAUGAAAAACGACAGCAGCAUGAAAGAUGAGAAAGAUUGGAUGGCACGAAUGGGAUUCUGAGAAUAUGCUCUUGACAGCAUGUUGAAAGAAUGUUGGGAAGCCUGUGGUUAGACAGUGAUAUUUGAAGAAAAUACGUAUGAAGACAGAUUGCAAUGCCUUAUUGGUUCAUGCUCCAUUCCUAUUAUCAGCAUUAUUAAAAAAAAGUCUCUUGAUGUGCUGCAGGAAGAUGUCGAUGCAGCAUUGUACUUGUGUGGUCUAAUUGCAGCAAUUUGGUAUCGCACGGCCUUUUUCUCUGGCCUUGUCGUGUGAGCAAAUGCCUGAGUAGAAAAUAGUUUUAGCUGAAUCAGUGGCUUUCUAGAGAAUAUCUGCAGUAUACUUGCAUACAAACUCGAUGUAAUUGUUUGAGUACAGCUGCCUGAGCAAUUCAAUGCCUCAGUCUCUUUUGUCUUAUUUAACACCUAUAUGCCAAUAAAAUUCAGUUGCGUAGUU